AUGUCCGUCCCAGUCAAAGGGGUCGUCCGUCUCCGCGUGUUAGCGGGCAAAGCAAGCCCCUCACCCGCCAUUGGCCAAGCCCUGGGUCCUCUCGGCGUCAAUAUGAUGGAGUUCUGUAAAGCGUUUAACGAACGAUCAGCCAAUCUGACGGAAAACGUCCCCGUGCCUGUUGUGCUCACGGCGUUCACUGAUCGCACGUUCACCUUCGCCACCAAGACGCCGCCGACCUCGUGGUUCCUCAAGAAAGCAGCCGGGAUCACGUCUGGAUCGGCCACACCUGGACAGCAGGUCGUGGGGUCCGUGCAUCUGCGGCAGAUCUACGAGAUCGCCAGGGUCAAGCAGCAGGACGAGAUGGUGGACUACAUUGACCUCCAGUCCAUUUGCAAGACCAUUAUUGGCUCGGCCAAGUCCAUGGGACUGGACGUGGUGCCCUAG